AUGGGUGAAAUACUCAGCACGCUGUCGCAAACUUUCGCAAUCGCCCCAAACGUCUUCCCAGGAUUGUCAAUCGUUUACACAACUCGACUUGAGGAACCAAGAAAUGGACCGUGGACGAUACGCGCGCACACAUCCGGACAUAUGAGGGGACCACGAAGGCUUCGAAACCAAACAAAUUACAUCGAACGUACUUUUGCAAAUGUUUCUAUCGCGGACGAAUACUACAUGGGGUGGACAUAUACGCAUCGAGACCAACCAUAUCUAGCAGAAGACUAUCGAGACAGAUGA